ACAUUUUGACCAGCUUUACCCGCACAUGAUAUAUAGUAUAAUAUUAUAAUAUUCAUAUAGCCCGCAGCUAACCCACUCUAUAUAACACCCAUCCCUGCUGCCGUUCUCUUACUCCAAACCAGUUCCAUUUCAUUCCAACCUAAACCAUACCCAUACUUAAUAAAACUCCAAACAAAGACAAUGGGAGAGAAAGAUGCACCAAAAAGUGAUGGAGAGAAGAAGGCCGACGCCGGCUCCGCCGUCGUCUUGAAGAUUGACAUGCAUUGUGAAGGCUGUGCCAGGAAAAUCAAACGAUCAGUUCGUCAUUUUGAGGGUGUUGAGAGCGUGAAGGCGGACGUUGGGGGCGGCAAACUGACGGUGACGGGGAAGGUGGAUCCGGCCAAACUUAGAGAUAGAGUGGCAGAGAAGACCAAACAGAAGGUGGAAAUCGUCUCUCCUCAGCCCAAAAAGGAUGCCGCCGCCGCUGGUGGCGGUGGAGAUAAGAAGCCCGAAGAGAAAAAAUCUGACGACAAGAAGCCGGCGGGCGAUAAGAAGCCCGAAGAGAAAAAAGCUGACGACAAGAAAGCGGUUUCCGCAAGUACGGUGACUUUGAAGAUUCGGUUGCAUUGUGACGAAUGUACAGAUAAAAUAAAACGAAUCAUAUCGAAAAUUAAAGGUGUAGAGUCGGUGACCGCAGAAAGCAAGAAGGAUUUGGUCAUGGUGAAGGGGUCAAUGGACGUGAAGGAGCUCACUAAAUUGAAAGACAAAUUGAAGAGGAGUGUGGAGGUUGUCCCGGCUAAAAAAGAAAAUGCACCAGCUAAGAAAGCCGAUGGAGGCGGUGAGAAGAAGGCAAAAGAAGGUGGUGGUGACAAAAAAGAAAAUGCACCAGCUAAGAAAGCUGAUGGAGGCGGUGAGAAGAAGGAAAAAGAAGGCGGUGGUGACAAAAAAGAAAAUGCACCAGCUAAGAAAGCCGAUGGAGGCGGUGACAAGAAAGAAGGCGAGGCAAAGGCCGCUGGUGGCGGUGGUGGUGAUGCGACCAAGAAGGAGGAGCCGAAGGUUGAGGUGAACAAAAUGGAGUACCAUGGGUACCACCCUCAGUACUCGUAUUAUAGUGCACCUGCACUUGCAUAUAAUCAUGGUUACAUUAAUGAGGGUUAUGGUGAUCUUGUACCCCAAUUUAAUCAAGGAUAUGCCAAUCAGGGUUACGGCAUGGACUAUCCACCAUCAUACCCGACUCAUGUUGUGAACUAUCCACCAUCAUACCUGCCUCCGUACCCGACUCAUGCCCCUCAAAUGUUCAGUGACGAGAAUCCUAAUGCAUGUUCUGUGAUGUAACUCUAUGCAAGUGGUGAUGAGGAGGUCAAUAUUGUAAAAGACUUUGCUACAUAGGCCGAGGACUUCCUCGAUAUAAAUGGUCCUGCCUGGGACUUCGGAUGAAGUCCGGUUAAAGAACCAUUUUCCACUUGUAAAUCAUAAAGCAUAUAGCGAGGAAGCAAUUAAUUAAGUAUAUGCAAAGUUUGAGUAUAUACAAGAAUAUGUGUAGAUGAGGUCCAUGAGGACAUUUGAUAUAAACAGUUUCAUUUAUUUAUUAGGUAUGGUUAUUAUUUCCUUAA